UCUUAGUGCUGUCUGCACCAAUGAUGUGGGUGGCUGCUGCUCAUUUCCCUGCAACAGGGGCAGCUUUCUGUCCCAGCUGCCUGGAUGUGGGCUGGGGAGGAGGGACUAUCCCUGUGGGAAUGCUAAGCACAUAGAAAGAGGUUGAUUGAAAAUCCUAAGUGGGCAAUACAGAGCUAGAGGGAGAAAAUAUGAAGUCGAGAACACUGUGGAUGUGACGGUAUGAGAGCUUUCAUUAGAUGGGUGACAACAGAGAGACAUUGACUAGAAAUAAAAAUGGAUCUUUAUGGUCAAAGAUGUAGGCUCUGGGGCAGGAUCCCAAGGUGGUGUGGAGCCAGUCUCUGUGUAAGGUCUCUGGAGACAGCUAGCAGUAAAUUAAUUUAUAUAAAUCAAGACAAAACGUCUGCUAAUGCAGAGUGAGAUGUGGCCAUACUGCUCCUACUGAUGUCUCUGUGUGUGCCUACUCCAGUCUUAGAAGAAGGCAUAGAAGAGUGAUAUCCAGCUGAUCUCUGAACGAUAUCUGAGGCUCACCUCCACUAGACACUGCCAGUCCACAUCCCCAGUGGCCAAGCCCUUUGCUGCAAGUAUGGACAUUGUGGAGAGGGUCCUCUCUGUGGCCCAGGCUGUCCAUGCCCAAUUCAAGCAGGUCAAGUGCUGUAAGCACCAGUGCCAGCGCCUUGUGGAGCGCAUCCAGAUCCUGCUGGAGCCUGUGAGGAUCCUCAAGGCUCAGCCGUCAAAACACAUUUCCUACCAUGAAGAGGAACUGCUGAAGAAGCUGCUGGAGGCACUGGGGGAAGCCCAGAGGCUGGUGAUGAAAUACAGCCAGACCAGCUGGAUCCAGAAGUUCCUGAGAGCCCACAGCACGGGUGAGGAGUUUGUCUGGGUGAAUGAAAGCCUGGAGGACAUUGCCCAGGGGCUCUCGCUCCUGCUUCAGGCAGAGCAGAAGCAGGCUUUUCUGGAGGCUUUCCAGGCAAAGACAUGCCGCAGGCAGGACGCUGAGGACCUGAAGGAUGAUAAGGCUUUCUUGGACCAGGUGAUCGCAAGUACUGAGGAGCCUGAAGACGUGACCAGGGAGAUCUACAUCAACAGGCAAUGUAUGGAGAGCAAGGUGGACUGGAUGCAAAGUGAGCUGAACAAAAUCGUGCGUGUGAUGGACUGCUUGAAGAAGGUCAAUGUUGAUAAAAGAGAAGACAUCACUGAGAUCAAGCGGGACCACCUCACCUUCGACAGGCAACUGCAGGACACUGAGAGCUACAACCUCUACAAGGGCGAGUACCUCAAGUACCCUGUUGCCAUCAAAACCUUCAAGCGGCCACUAACCACCGACCCGGCGAAGGUGAGAGACAUCUUUGAGAAGGAGGUUCAGACCCUGAAGAAGUUUGAGUCUCCAAACAUCCUACGUAUGUACGGGAUCUGCAUUGAGGAGAAAGAUGGAAGCCCCUGCUUCUCCAUCGUCAUGGAGUACUGCAAGCACGGGACACUGCGGGAUGUGCUGACCAAGCAACAACAUCUCUCCUGGGACAUCCGCAUUCGGAUGGCUCUGGGAUCUGCCAGAGGCCUUUACAGGUUGCACCAGACGGAGGAGAAGUCCAGACUCCAUGGCUGCAUCUGCAGCAGCAAGUUCCUGGUGGCCGGGGAUUACUGUGUGAAGCUCUCAGGAUUUGAGCUGUGUGAAACGGAGUCAUCCAUCAAGAGGAAAGCCAAGAAUAACUGGAAACAAGUCUCUAUGUUGGCUUAUAUUGCUCCCGAGAACCUGAAAGACAUCAACUACCCCUACAGGAGGCCCUGUGAAAUAUACAGCUUUGGGAUCGUGCUGGGGGAGAUUGCGACCUCCAAAAUCCCAUUUGAAGGCUGCACUCCCCAGGAGAUCAUGGAGAAAAUCUGCAACCACCAAUACCAGGAACCUGUUGGGGAUGAUUGUCCUGAAGACCUGCGGAAAGUCAUUGACCAGUGCCGAGCCUUUGACCCUUCCCAACGCCCUUCUGCUGAAGAGAUUGUGGAUGCACUGUCUGACCUGGAGAGAAGCAGAAACCAAGGAAGAUAACUGGGAAGCAUGGGCCGGCAUCUGAAAGCAGCUGGGAGCUUUGGAGUGACCCAAGGGGGAGAAGCAGCACACAGCGUGCUACUCACCCCCCUUUCUUGCUCACAGAGACUGCCUGUUCAAUACACUUAUGUUUGAGACCCCCCACCCUUACAGGGAUCUGAGGCGAGGGCACCCUGCCACAGGCUUUACACAGGAGAUGUUGGCUCCAGGGGGUACAAAGGGGGGGAAGCAAAGGGAGGCUGGCAGGAGCAGCUGGGGAGACGUGAAGAGAACUAGA